AAAUCAUGAAAGUGCGUCAUUUACUGACUUUACUCAUGGCUCAAAAAAUAAAUACAAAGAGACAAUAAAACAUUUUUGACAUUCCACUCAGACAUACAAAAAAUUGGAUGACAUUUUAUGUGACAAAACUUUUUAAUAACAUACUGGUAUAAAGAAUUACAAAUAAGUUAGUCUUCAGCUUUUAACUUUUGGAAAAAUGGCUGAUAAAUCAGAAAACUCUUUUGAUGAUGAACUAGUAUCAGAGAUCAGACAACUGCCUAAUGUAUGGCUAAAGAAGAUAAUUACGGCCAUUUUUGUUUGGGAUUUGGACAAAGAUGGGCAUACGGGGUAUGAUGAUAUAAUGGAUGUAGCAGACAAGGUUAUCAAUAUUGGUAAUUUGAAUGGAAAAUCUGCUGACGAUGUAAUAGAGUGCUUCAGAGAUUUAGCAAGUCACACAAGUGAUAACCCUCCCACAGAAGUUUUCAGAGUAACAUCUUUGUCGGAGCAGCUAGUGGCUGUUUGGAGAACCAAGGAUAACCCUAGCCUAAGGGAGUCGAGGGGAAAAAUAUAUUCUCGCAUGUUUCAGGCUAUUGAUUUCAACGCUAAUGGAUUUCUUACGUUCGACAAGUAUUUGGUGUUUUGGAACGCAUUCAAACUGGACAGGAGAUUUGCAAGGAUGCAGUUUGACUUCAUGGAUACAGACCAAGAUGGGAAAAUAAGCGAUGAAGAGUUUUUGAAAGCUCACGUAGAUUACAUUGAGAACACAAAUGAUGGUACGCUCAAUCGAUUCUUUGGACCACUCAUUAAUUAUUGAGCUAGGCAUGUCUCAAAUAUUUUGGGAACAGAUUGUAACAUUAUACACCUAAUUUAAUUUUCAUUAACUUAAAAACUUUUGUACAAAUAUAUUGCGUUUCAACUGUAAUUUAUGUAAAAUAUCAACAAAAUUGCUCCACUAUCUUUUACUGUCAUAACAAAUACCAUAAGAGAACAUUAAAAAUGGCCAUAUAUGAUACAAUAUUCGCCAUCUACUCUGAAUACCUCAAUCAAUAAAGGUUCAGUAAUACUAGCAACUAUGUCCAAUCGAUUCAGUUUUCACCUUUCCUGGCUUUAAACUACAUAAAAAUACAAACAGUUUAGUUUCAUAAUUUAAUUCAUCAUUUUAUAUUCUAAUGCGUAUAUUAUUUGGCAAAGCAAUAUUUUCUUUUGUAAUGCAUGCAUGUUCAGUUCAUUUGCUCAUUACAUUGUGAGAAUGGUUAACUGACUACAUGUACAUGUUAUCAUCCUCCAAAUGCAUCAAUCUCACUAUGUUUAUCUCUGCGUAUGAAAACUCCAGUUGCACUAUUUUCAUUGCGCAUGUAUAUUGACCAUAACUGCAGUGGCCAGAUCCUUCCACUGAUAUUCCUUAUAAAUUCUCAUGACUCCAUAUAUUUCAUGAAAGUUAUGAUUUUAUACAACAAAUGUAUUAACUCAAGAUUAAUUAUUUUAAAAAUAAAUGUUCAUCUCCAAUGUUGAAAAUAAAUUAUGGCACAUUGUUAUCAAAAUCAAACAUUUAUAUGUGAUAAAAAAGAGAAUUUUAACAAGAUAUUGUAACAAUCCAUUAAAUUUACAACUUAAAUAAGGUGUAAUAUGUGCACUGUUCAUUCCAAAAUACAGAAACAUACUACAUCUAGUAUGUAAUUUGUGCAAAAAAACAUUGGAAUUAUAUAAUUUGUAUAUGUUCACAUUCACAGUGAAAUAUAACUUUUCCUACAAUAAUUCAGUACAAUUAAAUUAUGACUGUACGGUAAAGCAGUGUAAGUAGAACACCUUUAGUUGAGCUAGUGUUCCACUCAGUUUUCUCCCCAGGAAUUUUUCUCAAGUGGGUUCAACAUUUUUGAUUCACAAUUUAGACC